AUGACUGUUGCUGUCAGCCUCCUCAAGAGCUUCACAUCGCGUGACGAGUCCCCAGACCCGCUCUCUCUGCCUGGAGUCACCGAAUUCCAGGCGUCCAGAAAGCCCUCCAUCACAGACGGGCCCCAAGCCGACGUCUCCGACCCCUCGAACCAUGAUGACAGCGCCACCGACAUGAGCGUGGACUACGACCGGAUUUACGCCAUAUCCGUGUCAUCCGAUGAGGUAGAUCCAUCCUGGGCCCCUCGUACAACGCAUAAACGCUCCCCAGACCUCCCUAAGCGACCAGUCCGACCGUUCAACAGAAGGCCCUUUGAUCCAUUCAUCCUCAUCAAAACCAGGAAGACUCAAUUGAACCGAAGGCGAAGAAGCAAUAAGUUGCCACUGAAAGGCAUCCUCCGCACAUCAUCUACUAUUCCCUCUCCGACAGUUUACUCGCCCCCUGUCCAGCAGAGUGCGUCGGCUCCCAACAUCCGCAUCGCCCACGAGUGGCAGCUCGCCGGCCCCGUCAUCAGUCGAUGCGUCAGCGUUGACUUUGAAAAGCUCGAUGACGGAACUCGAAACAGUCUGAUGCAGGGGCAUCUGGAGAACAUGGAGAGGGUCGCGAGGUGGAUUGACGUCACUGAAUAUGAGAGAGUCAAAGACUUGCGGGAGAAGCGGGCUCAAGAGGAGUUCCAGGGGGAAAAGCUACUUUGGUUUGAUUGA